AUGGAACGCCAGUACCUCGAAUGUGAUCCUCACAGCGCACCACAGUUUGCUGUGUCCAGAAACUCGAAUCCCGACCUACCCUUCAUCUUUAUCCCGGACUCAUCGAAAUAUCCUAUCCCAGGCGGGGUCGACUUGAAUUGUCUGCCCUCUGGGGUGGAUACUUCUAAUCGCCAGCAGCCGACUUACCCUAAACUUCUGACAUUUCUCAGUAAGAGGAAAAAAUGGAUCCUAAUCGGUGGUCUUGCUUUGCUGGCGAUAGUGAUUGCUGCAUCCACGGCCGGCGGAAUUAUUGGAAAGAGGAAUCAGAGUUCCUCAACCGAAAGCCCUUCUGGUACAGCUGCCACGCAAACAGCCACCUCUGGGUCCAACAAUUUCAACCCGUCGCCCACCGGCGGUCGCUCAACCAACAGCGAUGUCAACGAUGCGUGGGCCUACAAUGGUACCAGCGUCACCUCUCUCACAUUCUCCACAACAAAGGAUACCACAGGCACGAAUUACGUCGUCUUCUACCAACAUUCAAACGGGGAUAUCCGCCAAGUUGUCUACAACAAUUCGCAGUGGCAUGACUCGCAAUACAUUACCAAUGAUGCUCGAACUGGAUCCCCUAUUACGGCAUACUGGGGAGGGGACAGCAUUCGGUACAAUCUCUUUUACGUGGACAAGAAUAAUGUACUACAAGAGACACGAGGGAAUCAUGCGAGUAAUUCCUGGCUUAAUGGUACACUAGGUCAAUUAAGCGUCCUCGCCUCCGAUUUUGGAGAUAUCUCGGUCGUCUAUGUUGGGGACUGUGCAGUCGGUACUUCAGCGUGGCUUUUAUACAGCGCCCCAGCUGGUGAUCAAAUGGGCAUCCUGUACUGGGACCAAGCAACUGAUACAUGGAGCCAUAAGGAGCUCAUCGCAGAUGUGAAAACUAAUGCAGGUUUCGCUGGUCACGCUGACAUUGGCGUGUGGAGGUAUUAUUACGUUCAGCAGUCGACGUCACAACUGAAGGAGCAAGUGUGUCCUGAUUGUUGUUCGAACUCAAGUUCUAUUGGGUGGAGAUCUGAUCUUACUGGGCCAACUGUCAACUCUGAAUCAGGACUCUCUGUAUCUGGAGUGGGCCUUCCCAGGUUGAUAUACUACGGUGAUGAAAAUGGCUCCAUUCGAGAGCUAAACAAUUCAUAUCAGUAUCCGAAUGAAGCCUAUAUCGCGGAUGUCUCGUCGCAUGCGGACGGAGGAAAUACUGGUACACCAGUCUUUGGAAAUAUGACCGCCAGUACACCAUCUGGCAUGGUUGUGGCAACCGGAAUCUCGAACGGGAAGUUUAGCAUGUCUCCUGGGUUUCGAGGCAAAGUGCAGCAAAUGUGGCUGUUCUACCAGGCUUCAGGACACGAUCUCACCGUGCAGGUUCGAGACUCCGAUGCCGCUGGUAACUGGACUGAACCGUCAGAGAUUCCGGUCGGAUUGAAUUGA